AUGUCAAAUACUGAAGACUAUUCUGAAGAACUUUUUGAACAUUUUGAAGAACUUUUUGAAGAACUUCCUGAAGAACAUCUUGAAGAACAUUCUGAAAACCAUACCUCUAAUAUAGAAGUUCUUGAUGUUCAAAACAUAACCACAUCUUCCUUAAAAAAAAGGAUUUCUAAAAUUUAUCAAUAUUUUAUUUAUGGAACUGAUAAAAG